AUGCUGGCUCAAGGCGAUAAUCAGACUGUCCAGUCUGAUCAGGAUCAGGAUGCAAAAACUGAUCACAGACCUGUUAACGUUGGUGCUGAUGUCGUCAAAAUGUCAUCUCAGACUCAUUUUUCUACUUCUUAUAUGGGAGCAGGCCAAGGUAUCGAGCCAGCAACCAGAUCGGAUUUUAGUCAAAAUUUUUCUCGUGCUGAUUCUGAAGGCCGCAUAAAUAGCUCUGGCUUGGGCCAGUCUACUGGACUAGGGAUAGGUGGCCUUGCGACAAACCCAUUAGCGCUAGUCGUUAAUUCAAACUCGAUAUCUUCAUCACGAUUAGUUGCAGCAUCGCUCGUAACAUCGACAUCACUGUCGGCUUCAUCCUCUGUAUCAGGUCAGACAUCUCUAACAUCUCCCCAAGUACCACAGACUCCAUUUCAGAGUUUUAAACCUCAUAGAAACUCCUCGUUGCAUCAUGUCACAUCUUUUCAAACUCCCCCUGACAUGUCGCCAAUAAGCCCGUCUGCUACAGCUCCUUCUCAUGUGGCAACCGUCAAUACUCCACAGAUGCCAACACCUGGUUCAGAUGGCUCUUCUAUAGUUGGAUCCACAGCUGGUAUUUCGUCUUUUAGCAGUGGGCUAUAUGUUAAAAGCCACCCAUCGUCAAGAUCUUCUUCUAGAAGGAACUCGAGGACGGCACAUUCGUCUAACUCUAUUGGUGGCACAACACCUGCCUUGUAUUUCGGACCCUCGUCGAGCGUUUCAUCUUUGGGUCAUGAGAGUGGCUUUCUUUUGAAACGUAAUGAAAAAGGCUCUAGUGCUGCGAGUCGACGAUAUAGAAGCUCGUCUUCGUCCUCGUCCGAUGAUGAUGAUCUUAUUUCAGCAGGCUAUGACUCCGAUGAUAGAAUGAGUCUUGGUAGCAGGCGUGCUAGUGUGACUUCAACAAAGGGAUCCGAUAUUGAUAUAACUCCACCAGCUGCUAUAGUUCGACAGAUGAUAUCUAAUGGACGAUCCCUUAAACCAAAAAUGAAAAGCUUCUUACGGAUAUCGAAAGACCUGCAGGAAGAAUUGUCUCCCUUGGAUUUUGAGAUUCGUCGCGAAGCUGAGGUGACUUCUACUUUCAGAGAAGAGGAUGCUGCCAAUCCGCGUCGUGUUUCUGUGGGUGGAUCUAUUGCUAUUGGAGAUGGUGUUGGCGCAGAUGCAGCUGAUGGUAGUAACUGUAAUGUCAUAGCGGGUGGCUCGUCAUCUGGGCGCACAUCGAUGUCCUCAUUUCAUCACCAGGAACUCAUUGCACGUCUUGAGAGCUUUGCUCCUGGUGGCCAAAAAGACUCGGAUGCAGGAAGUGCUAUCAUAAGUGAUACUGAGGAUUCGGACGCUCCUCCUAUUUCAGUCACACCCUCUGUCAAACGUAAAAUCGCGUUUUUGGAUGACUCUCCAGUUAAUGGAUUGAAACGGCGAGCAGUUUCUCCUGGACUUUCUUCUCCUGUCAUUGGAAGCCCCACGAGCCAUGUUAACAGGCGGGCAAGCAUUAAGCAGGUCUAUGAGACUUCGGAUGGCUUUCAGAACCUACAGCUCAUUUGA